AUGUUGAAGCGAGGCAAAAACAUCGUCAGACUCAGCCUCACUCUCUUCGGCACGUAUCACACCAACUCGACUUCUGCUGCGGCCAUCCCACAAUCUUUGCAAUGGCCUCGACUACGAAAGACGUCCAAGCAAUCGAGCGAAUAUGAGGCCAUGAUCUCAACUAUCGAUCCUGGGAGUCUGCAGAAUUGGCAAAGGGGCAAGAGCGGCGAGCCUUGCGAUCACGAGAGCCAGGAUUGUUCACGCGUCGGGAUCCUCCAGUCUCUCCUAGGAAAAUUGGACGGGGCCGCCAGCAUUGAAGCACCCUUCUCCGUCUUGUAUGGCUGCAACACGAUCAUUGGGAAAAGUUUCUACGGCAACACCGGCCUCGCUAUUGAUGACAGCGCCUUUGUGACGAUUGGAGACGAUGUUUUGAUAGGACCUGGUGUCAAUUUUAUCACGAUAAACCACUCAACAGAGGUUGCCUUGCGCUUGCAGGGCGUCAUGUACGCAAAACCUAUCACCAUAGGCAGUGCUUGCUGGAUCGGUGCCAGGGUGACCAUCUUACCGGGGGCCACCAUUGGAUAUGGCUGCACUGUUGGUGCGGGUGCCGUCGUCAGUGGCAGUAUUCCAGAGUACAGCGUGGCCGUGGGGUUCCGGCCAGGGUAG